GUUUCCUUUAUGAUCCCGGGAUCUCCCACUUCCCUCGCCAGACCUCAGCCAGCAGCACAAGCGGACGGAUCUCUCUCUGCACACACACUCACACACGCACACAGAUACAGCAUCUGUCUGCAGCCAGCUCACAUCCAGAGAGCUCAACACAUUUUCACACACUUUUCAGUGAAGACCCCAGCAGGAGAGACACACACCAACAGCUCCAGCUUGCAUAAAGAAGGAUCUACAGCUCCUAGAAUAAGGAAGACUGCUUUUCUCUUUCCUUGCUGGUGAUUCUGUUCCAGUCUCGGUGCCACAAUGUCUGAAGUGCUGCCAUACAACGAGGGCAAAAUGAACGGCUAUGGGGCGGACAGUGAGGUCAGUCAGAUGUCCUUUAGCUGUGGACUGCAGGACACAAGCGCCUUCUUUGCUGCGUCGCAGGCGAAAAGACCCCCAAAGCUUGGACAGAUCGGCAGAGCCAAGCGAGUGGUCAUCGAGGACGACCGAAUAGACGAGGUCCUGAAGGGAAUGACGGACAAAUCAUCACCCGGCGUUUAAAUGUCAUCGAUGCCUUGCAGACUUUUUUAAUUUUUGAUCACCGAUUUGAAGCACUUGACGGCUGUGCAUGUUCGAGGAUUGCAGGAGAAAACGGCAGCUCGAAGUGUUGGCAGGAGGAUGAAAAGAGGCAACGGAAGAGGAGGGAAGAGGUGUGAGGAGGGGAUGGAGGAGAGAGGUGACGAUGGACUCUGAGGGUGUGUGUGUGUGGGGGGGAAAUUACCAAGAUUUCUGGUGGGAUUGCUGGCAAUUCUCCAAACCGAGUCCCGAUUUUUAACCGCCGGUGUGCAGCAGGAUGUUGAGACGGCUGAUACACGGCUCUGUAUCUCAUCCUCCGCUGGCUUAAAACGAUGGAUGAACUUGUCAUUUCUUCACCACCAUCUCUUUUCUGUUAAAUGAAAUAAAUAAAGCGCUGUAAGCAACCAGACACUGCAACUAGAGGGUGAAGCAGCCCUAUUUCAGUCAGUUGUACAGUAGCUAUAAGCUCCCGGUCGCCUCUCCCACCCCGCAACAAGCAACAAGGCUUUGCUUUUGUUGAUUCAGUCAGCAACGGUGCAUUUCAAGGGAGCUGUCUUUCAGCACUGGUCCAAUGUAUUCCUGUUGUUGCUAAUGCUUUAUAUAAAAAUAAAAAAAACAACCAAACGCUCCUAUUAAAUAGAGGAGACUCAUUCAUUGUAUGUAUAAAAGCAUAUAACCGAGGACGGUGCAAUGUUGAUAACUUCUGUAGUAAAAACUCUCUUUGUUUGAGCAUCUAAACAGCAUUAGGCCACAGAUUAAACCAGGCUAUGUUCUUCUUCUUGUAUUAACCAUCUGUGGUUAUGGUCUGGGCUGGCACCUUCAUGUAGCAGAUUUACACCUGCACAUAUCUUUCAUUUUCCUUACCCUCUUUUACCGUUUUAUUUCCAAAUAUUGACAAAAGCCAGCAGCCACGUGACGAUCCUAGUCAAUGUUUUAAAUAUUAGUUAUGCGGAUCGAUGGGGACAAUUUAUUUUCUUUAAUUUAUUUAAUUUGCUUUGAGAUUCUUUGUUUCAUCCAUGUAUAAACGCCGAUUUUUCCCUCCAUCUAUUUGCAUGAACGGUCCCUCCUGGUGCCAACGCAGGUGCCACCCACUCCUACCCUGGCACGCUUCUUUUUAAUGAAAGUCAUAUUUGUAUUUUUAUAUCUAAAUAUUUGUUAUUUAAAUUAAAGUAUAUGCUAGUCUAUUGUCUUAUAAUUCAUCAACACAACUAUUUGUACUUCAGAGUAGGUAUAAUGAGAGACUGGGGAGGAAUCCAAGAUUUCAGUGGACUGGUCUCGCUCAGUAUCACAGGUCAGGCUUUUUUAAAGACUAACUGAAUGUGUUUGAGUUGUUUUGCACACAUCAAUGUUAAACUAUUAUUAAGAAAUCGUAUACUGUGAGUUAAGCUUCGUUGAUGAAUUUGUUAGAAAAUGGCAGUUUUAGAGUAUAUUGCACUGUUUACGAGUAUCCACAAAUAACAUGUUGUUAUUUGACCUCUUUUGGAACAUCAUAGUUUUGAUUUUUUUUUUAAAUUAUGUUUAUUUUGUACCAUUAUUUUCAGAAAAUGGUUUGUUGUGCAUGAAAUCUUAAUAUUUUCAACAACAAAAAAAAAAUUAAUUAAAAACAAGAACAUUGUUUUACGAAGCAAAAAAGCAACAAAAUGUCAUGACAUUCUAAGAAUGAGUCAUUGUAUAUUAUGAUGCCAUUUUCACUGUAUUUGGUGAAUUAAUAAAUGGUG